AUGCGCGACCUUAUCUAUGCAUUAAGUCCAACGUACCAAAUCCCUUCCCGCUACCGAAUCGCCGAUGAUCUUCUGGAUGAAGCAUAUAAUGGACUACGGGAGGAGGUGCUAAAGGAACUGCGGAGAACCGAGUUCUUGAAUAUAACGGUGGAUGAGACAACUAAUAUCCGAUCUCAGCGGGUAAUUGUGAUGACUAUAACAACGCCAACGAAGUCAUGGUUUAUCCACCUGAAUGAUAUGGAAGAUAAGACACUUGAUGCUCCUGCUAUUAGUAGCUGGAUCUUGAACAGGCUCCAAUGCCUUCUGUUACAGCUAGACAAAAUAGCUGACUGGAAGAGAAUCAAUUCUAUCUCGACGGACACCUGCUGCGUUAUGAAGUCGGUCUGGGAGAAGCUUGAGCAAACACUAGAACUCCGACACUGUAUUAUGAUUCCCUGUGAUUUUCAUAGACUGCAGUUAAUCAUGAAGGAUAUAGUUGACCUAAAGAACUCAAAAGUCCCACGAGCAGGGUCCGUGUUUAAGCAGGCUCUUGAAAUUGUUGUCUUCUUCCAACACUCGCCACUCGAGUACGCAAGAAUGCAAGCAAAACAGCUUGAGAAGUGGGGUAAAAAGAAGGCUUUAAUUGCGUCGGUUAUUACCAGAUGGGGAACGCAAUAUAAUAUGCUAUCCUCGCUUUACGACUCUCAAGAAGCUAUCUGCGAGUGGGCAGUUAUCACUCCUGCUGCCUCGACUGCUAGGGGAAGGGAGAUUAUUCGGAUAGCGAACUCGCAUUCGUUCUGGUGGCAACUCAAGGAGCUGAUCAAAGUCCUUAAGCCUCUACAUGUUGCCCAGAAACAGUCCGAAGCUCAGAACUCGUCGAUUAUGGAGAAGGCCCAGAGCCCAUCUCUCUUUUGGCUUGAAGCAGAGGACGUUGCUCCGCUUCUUGCACCAUUUGCUCGUCGUCUCUGCAAUACUGUAGCGAACUCGGCGGCAGCAGAGAGAGCAUUUUCACAGAUGAACCUUCAGCAUACAAAAGUCCGAAAUAGACUAGAGCCUCAACGUGUUGAGAAAUUACUCUUCGUGCAGAUUAAUAAACGACAAUUCCGGGCAGAACAGCCUCCCGAAGUCGCGCAAGAAUUACUACUUCAAGAAGAGGAUGACGAGGUAGAGAGGGUUUUGCAGCGAAACCAAGUGCUUCACGAUCUAUCAGAGGGCUCAGAUCAACAUCAAGAGCAACAUCAUGAGGAACCACCAGAGCAACCACCAGAGCAACCACCAGAGCAACCACCAGAGCAACCACCAGAGCAACCACCAGAGCAACCACCAGAGCAACCACCAGAGCAACCACCAGAGCGAUCGCCAGACCAACCGGCAGACCAACCAUCAGAGAAGUCACCAGAGAAAUCACCAACAUCUGCCCUAGUUUCAGCAUUGAAUUCAGCAUUGAAUUCAGCUUCAGCAUCAACGAAUCCUGCCCUCGUUUCUGCAUUGAGUUCGAGGCUUAACUCAUUGUUGAAGCCAACCUCGGAGCUUCCCCUUAGUCCAAUAAUACCCACAACAGAUUCAGGUUCAGCUAAUCUUACACGGACGAGGUCGAAGCGUGUCUCUGAAUGUUCUCAUGGAGCUCUAGAUGAUUCCGAGCGACCAACCCGGCGGCGGCGAGGAUAG